UCCUGAAUCAAGCAAUCAGGUAUCAAGCAUUGGAAACGUAUGCUGUUACGAUAAAAUUAUUUUUGCAAAUUAUUGGAAAAAUUAACACUGUUGCUUCGUUGGUUGGUUUUUACAACGGAAUUUAUUAUAUCUUAAUCUAGUACGAUAUUGUGACGUUCUGCACUUGUUACAUCUGUGACGUAUUACUGUUCGGAAGACAUGGAGGGGGAGGAGCCGAAAGAACUUGAAACUGACAUCAAAAUUGCAGUCGGGAUCAUGUGUGCGUUUUCUGUAAUUGGCGUUAUUGGAAACGGCUUAGUUCUCUAUGGAUUUACACGUGCUAGGUCAAAGUACACAUCCACUAUUUUUAUUCUUACGCUCGCCGGGACGGAUUUCACAACAUGUUUGAUAACAAUCCCCGCCACAAUUGCAAUGGAAUUGAAUAAAUUUGAAAUGGAAAAUGAUAUUUUGUGCAAAAUUUUUCAUUUCUUGACAACGAGUACUAUUUCAUUUUCAGCUCUAACAAUGGUAAUGAUUGCAAUUGACAGAUAUUUCUGCAUUUGUCGUCCAUUUAUGAGAGUUAUGACUGUAUCGCGUGCUGGGGUUCUAAUUUGCAUGUCGGUAAUCAUUGCCUUUGUUAUUGGAAUUUUUAUAUGUCUUAGUUAUGGAGUUUAUAUUUAUGAAAUUGAUGAUCGGCAAUCUAAUUUGACAUCUUUGCUCAACGAAACAUCAACAAUAGAUCCGAAUCUGAGUCCCGAAGAAAUAGAAAACAACCUAAUGAAAGCCCAUAAUUUGCAUAUGAAUGAAUCUGGAUUACACAACAAAACCGAUGAAUUAAAGAGACACAUUGUUAUGUUUGGUCAUUGCUAUUUCAACUAUUUAACAUUUGGAAAGAAAGGUGCACAAACAUUCAAAACCAUCCAUUCGGCAUUUUACGCUGUCUGUGUCAUUGCCGUUAUCUUCAUUUACUGUAUAAUUUACGGCUUUAUUCUAAAACGACGGAGGCGACGGUUACGCAAUGAGUCAUUUCCGUGUUGCACUUUCAAACAGAGUCCCAUUGGAGAAAACGACAAUACCGAAAUAGUGUACCUUGGAAAUGAUGCUACAACACAAACGGAAGAUAUCAAUCUGAACGAAUCGUCAUGCUCCGGAAAAUUUAAAAAUGGAUUUACCGAUCGUACGAAAGGUGUCUUACACAGUAAACUAGAGAAGAUCCGAAUGAAUAAUAUCAAAACUGCAUUGAUGCUUUCAAUAGUGGCCGUUAUUUUUAUAAUUGUAUUUUUACCUGCAUGGUUGAUGAUGCAUGACCUUAUUGAUUUUAAUGUGACAAUAUUUUAUUUAUAUUUUACGUACAACGUCAGUAAUCCGUUCGUGUAUGCUUUUAUGAAUCCUGAUUUUCGGAAGCAGAUGAUUGACAUAUUUAAAACAUGGCGGAAAGUACCCUGACUUUAAACAUAUUUCGUUAAAGUUACCAUAGAACUGAAUCUAAACAUAGACAAUCUAAAUAUAUCUGACUUGAGCACUCACAAACAGGUCAUUUUAAGACUUUUAAUGUACAUUUUUGUUCAUGCAAUGAUAAACACUAAAAACCAGAACCCCUUGUGAAUAUACCGUCCAACAAAGUGUUAACAAAGUCAUAUUAUUAUAAUAGUGCACUAACAAUUAGAAAUACCAGAUGAGAUGAAGCUAUUCGUUCAAUCGUAAUUACUCGGUCAUUCUCGGGCGAAGCGAGAAUGGCCGAGUAGUUUCGAUUGAUUUUUCGUUAAAAUCAUCAAGCAAGUAUUAUCAUUACUCAGCGUAUAAACAUAAAAUUCAAUAUAUUUAGUUGAAGUACUUCAAGCAAACUUUAUGUUGCCAUUUGAUGGUUCAGAACAAAUCUAACGAAGCAACACGUUGUACAAAAUGUGAAAGAUUUGUGUAAACAUAUGUAUUAUUGUGAGUACUAAUACACAUGUAGAAAAGCUAUCCCAUUAAUUUACUGAAAAAUUCAAACCGACAGAUCUUCUUUGGAAGUUGAUCAAUGGUUCUAAGAUUUCUAAGGAUAUGCCCACUGAUCAUUUCACUGAAUUUCCUGAGCUUGUUAAUUUUAACGUUUGCAAAUUCCAUAUUAGUACAUGUCACCUCCAAAAAUAUGAAAAUUGAUAAAAACAAAAAAGUAAUGUUUUUAAGAAUUUUCUCUUGAAUCUGGUCCAGUGUAUAUACAUUUGGAAGAACAUUUGUGAGUUUUAUUUUGACGCCUAUGGGGUUAAUUGCAAGUUUCUAAAAUUAAAACAAAUUAAUGAAAGUUCAAGUUGUAAAGUAAGGGAGCUACCAUUUGAUUUUUAUAGGGGGGGGGGGGGGGGGGGGCUAGAAUGAAAUUUGAAAAAAAUAGGCAGGACAGGAGUUUUGAGUAAAAAAAAGGCAGGAUGAGACACUUUGCAAAAAAAAAGGGCAGGAUGGCAAUUUAUGUAAAAAAAAGUCAGGAUAAACUAAAAAAAAAAGGCAGGACCGAAUAGAGUGGAAAAUAAAAAGGCAGGACAGAGAUUACAACUAAAAAAAUGCAAGACAUAAAAUCAAAUGGCAGCUCCCGAACAUGUAACCAAUGUUUUGAAGAAUGCAUUGAACCAACAUUUUAAAAUGUGUAUUCAAAAGGGACCAAACGGGUUUAGAAUGUGACCAAACGUGACUUUGAACGAGAUGUUUUGCGUUUCUAUUGGCACUCAGUAUAUAUUUGAAUAAAAAAAAAAUAGUUAAGUUUUUUAUUUAUUUCAGUUUACUUCAGGUAUCUUCAUGAACUUACUGAAACAUUACUUGCCUAUAGGAAAUGCCUAUUUUAAUGUGAAUGUGUUCCUAAAGUUGUAAUUCAGUGUCUGUAUUUACUCAUUUGCUUUCAAAAUAAAUAAGUUUCAAUAA